CUAAACAAAGACUUUCUUUGAUGUAUAUUUCCCAUUACCGUCCGCAGCCUCGCAAAAUUCGAAGGAAUCACAAAGCUCUUUAUGCAAAUAAUUUCCUCUAUUUAUGUUUGUUCAAGAGAGACUGGGGGAAUUGCGAAAACAAUUUGAAUCCAUCAACAAAAAAGAUACGAUAACAGCAUUUGAGACUUGUGAUCACAAUUCGACAUGGAGGAUGAAACUGCAAAGUUGAAGGAGGAAGUUGGGAAGUUGAGGGAUGAAAUUGUGAAGUUGAAUCAUGAUAUGGAGAUUGAAUGGAAAUAUACUCGAGCUGAAAGGCAUGCACGCCAGACGGAAAUAGACACAAUCACGGGGGAACGCGACACCGUGUUCGAGAUGGUACGCAGAUUCCGUGCUGCACCACCAUCCUUCGACUUCGGCAAUUUACCUGAAACUACUUGGACUCCUAUAGGACUUUCAAAAUUAGAGGAUGCAAUACGCAGAAUAAUGUCUGAUAUUAGAAGCUGGAGUCGAGACUUCGCAAAAGAUAUCUCUCAGUUUGAUCUCCAGGGCCACGACCGCGAAGUGUUUUUUGAGGAGGCAUCGAAAAUAAUGACUUUGGAUGAAUUGGGCCAACAAGAAUUUCCCAAGAGUAUGCGAGGGUACCGCAAAAUCUUGUGCUAUGUUCUUGAUGCUAUGCUUAACCACCAUCUAUUCUCGACUAUUUUUUCAGAUCCUUUUUUCUUCUUGGGGGCAGAGCUUUCUCGAGGCCUUAACGACAUUUUGUCGUUGGGAAAUGCAUGUAGGUUUGUCCAAUACAGUCCUAGCUAGAGGAGAUUAACGAUGCAUAGGGAAUGUAGAAGAUGCUCAACGUUGGCGUUCAGAUACACUAAGACUCAUUCUUCCAGAGAAAAAUGGUGUUGAGGAGAGCGGAGUUAAAGCGCAAACAAACCAGCUCAUUUACAAAUCAGGGAUUCGUGGAGCUGUAGACUUUAUGCGGAGCCCUGCGAAGUAUAUUAUUAAUGAAAAUCCGGGCGCGCUUCAGGAACUCCAACGCACAUAUACCUUCGCUGCCGAGUAUUCGUACCAACUCUGGACCCAAAGAGCGAUGUUUGAAGUUUCGGACCCUUCAGACAUCUUGGGCCAGCCAUAUGAUCCUCAGGACAAGGGCGUGGAGUUGCACACUCGAAUCGACGUGAGAUACGAAAAGGACGGAGAAGGUCAGCCAAUAACUAUGGUUACAUCACCUCAUAUCAAGGUAUUUGGGUACCUCCCAUCGCGUAUUGGUGUAGAUACGCGAUGGUACUUUGCCGGAGCAUAUACUAAAGUUGCAACUAUCUGGUCUUAUCUCCCUCACCCAGGCGAGCCUGGUCAUGGUAGGGAAGCCGUGGAGCCAAGAGUUGUUCCGCGAGUUGGAACGAGCCCCGAAAUCGCAGGCGGAAGGUUGCUCAAGGGCUUAGAUGAGACGACAUUGCUAGAUCUUGUAAAGCCUUAUCUAGAUGACCUUGCCGAACAACUAAGGCCUUUGGUAGAGGAGGUUGCGCCAGCACAUAGCAGAAUUCAAUGAUGAACGCGUCAAGAUUCAAAAGUUGAUAAGACGAAAGUCGCAAAAAGCGCAAAGCUUUUAGAUCCGGUGCUUAAGUGGUGACCGAAACUCGAACUUGACCUUACUUGCGAUGAAAAUUAAAAACAGUGAGGGCAUCAAAGCUCUUUAGCAGGAGCCGCAGGAUCAGGAGGAAAAUAUGUCGC